AAGCAGAAAAAAAAUAUCUAAGGCGAGACUGUCUGAACGAAGCAUCCUUUACCUAUCUAUAGGAAAAAAAACAAAAAAAUACGAAAAUAUCGCAAAUGUUUGUAUUUUAUUUUUCUGCUUACUUUGCUUUUUUUCUACAAUUAUGUGUUCGUAAAAAGCUACCGUUGUAUUGUAAUACGAGCUUUACUUCAUAAUAAACGGUUGUUGGACUCCGAAAAGCAAGAAUGGCGGCAGAGCAAAUAUGUGAAAUUCUCAAAGGUAUCUUGGGAAGCAGGCAUGGUGAGGAUUUGACCUUCUGUGCUCUAUGUCUUCGCACUGAAACUAAAUUUACAAAAUCCAAAGCAUUCGCGGCGUGCGCAAAGAAGAUGCGAGUGAAAACGCCCAGAAACGAGCACCUCUGCUACAUGUGUGAGGCGCAGGUAUCCGCUGCCUUACACACUCUGCACGCGGUCACACUCGCCGCGGCCGUCAACCUCUGGUGUGAAACCAAUGCUCAUAAGAUACCUCGCACCAACAUUAAAUCACUCAAGGAUGUUUUAAGUAGCGUGCUUUAUAACUUGAAAAUAGAAGAGGAGGAUGUGUGGCGCCGCGUGCGCUCGCGCUCCAGGCUCAUGCAGACUGAGGCUCUGCUCAUCAGCACCGACGUAGCCAACGCCACGACAACUGCGAGUAACAGUGAGGAGUUUCGACCGCCGGAGACGCACGCGACCAUGCUUAACGUUAUACCCUCUGUACCACCAGUUAUCGACAACAUUGUCAUUAUAGACGAUGAAGAACCGACUCGUAUUAUAGCCUUAGAAAAGUUACUCGAAAACCAGAACUCAAAAGACGCUGUGAUCAUACCAGAUGGAGACAUACAGCAAAUGAUGUUACGAGAUCCGAACGAACAGAACAGCUUUCUUCUCUAUCCGAUGAUGAAAGGACAAGAUGGGAAUACAUACGUUCCAUACCUAAACGUAAAAGUCACAGGAGAUAGUCUCCACUACGUAACAGCCGGGGAAGUCGCGAAGAACACAUCUUACCAUGAAUCGCAGCGGGAAUUUAAAGAAAACCAAAUGUAUUUGAACGGUGGCCCUGUGAAAGUCAAAGCUAUGGAGCUACGGGGCUCAAUGCUAGUGCUAGCUGGACAACCUAAUUUAGAGAGUAGUGCACAACCCAAUUUAGGGAUCAGUGGACAAUCUAAUUUAGGGAUUAGUAGACAACUUAGUUUAGUGAUUGAUGGACAAUCUAAUUUAGGGAUUAGUAGACAACCUAGUUUAGUGAUUGAUGGACAAUCUAAUUUAGGGGUUAGUGGACAAGCAAGUGUAGUGAUCGGUGGGGAAUCGAAUUUAAGAAGUGAACCAAUUGUAGUUACCAGUGAAAAUAGUGAUUUGAGGAAACGCGACGAGGUUGAUGGUUGUGCUAAACACGCGGUGAUGAGUGACAAAGUGGACUGGGAGGAUAAGAUACCGAUGGAUGUGAUAUCGUUUGUGGACGCUACGGACCCCAACGCUGAGCAGUUUUUAACCGUAGAACCAGCAUUAGAUCCCAUAGCCACGGACGCAAACACAAAAAAGCACCGAACAUAUGCAAGCAUACGUCCACGAAUACCGAAUAUGAGACCAAAUGCCUUCACACAAGCAUUUGGACAAUUGUCCGACGAGAAGGAUUUGCUGCAGCCAAUGAGAGGGAAAACCGGCAGAAGAUAUUAUAAUAAAAAAGCAAGGUUUUCAUACGAAAACGAUAGUGAUUCAGUGAUAGAUUUGUGCUAAUGUUGUGAUUAUGUGACAAUAAUAUUCUGCGGGACAGUUAAGGGAGAAAUGAAGAUAUGUUUCUUGAAAGUGAAAAAUAUGUUAUAGUGAAAACUUUUAUGAACAAACCGCCCCCGCCUUAAUACA